AUGCCCGCUGGCACUGGCACGGGGCUGCUGAGAGGCAAGCGAAAAAAAAAUCAACAGCAGGGCAAGUAUCUCUUCGCGCUCCUUCUCGCCGCGAACGUACUGCCACCUAGGGAGCCAGAUCGCUGCAACUACCACGUCGAAGAAGCCAGCAAGCCCACUCUGAGAGCGGCCGAUUAG